AUGACUGUUCCAUCAGAAGCCGACAAUAAAGAAAUUGAAAAAAACACAGAGAAAGACGAAAAAGAAGAGCCAGAUGAGGUCUGCGCCCCUGAAGAGCAUCAUGAUAAGUUUGAUCCUUCUCAAUAUUUGGAAUCAUUCUACAAAACAGCCAAGGAAGACACUGCUAUGCAAAUAGUACUUUUUUUCCUACCGGGCAUGCUGUAUCGCUUGCCUGAGAGGGUCAGAACAGUGUUAGACUUAGGAGCAGGACCGACAGUCUAUUUACCAAUUGCCCUUCGAAAUAGAGCCGAUAUUAUUUAUACUUCCGACUACGCACCAGCUAAUAGACAAUUUUUAUUGAACUGGGUUGAAAAUCGGUCUCAGUUCAAUUGGAGCAACGUGUGUGAAUGGAUUUCAAAUAUAGAAGCAAGCAAUGAAACCCCAGCGAUCAUGCAACAAAAGGCUCGAGAUAAGAUUGCUGGAAUUUUCGAGGUAAAUGUACAUGAGCUUCCGGUGAUAAAGAACACGUUCUGGAAGAAGGAUGGUAGUGUAGCCGUUCCUAAGAAGUUCCAAGUUGUUACGACUGUUUUCUGUCUGGAAUAUUCUUGUGAUAGCUUGGAAGGCUAUAAUAGAGCUGUGAAAGGUGCUUGUAGUUUGAUAGAGGAUGGAGGAUUUCUGAUCCAAGGAGGUGUACUAGAUGCUACAACGUACAGUUUUGGAGGAACAGUUUUUAAAUGUCAUAGAUUGUUGAAAAAUCACAUAUUAGCUUCAUUGAAGCUAAAUGGGAUGGCAACUGAAGAGAGUGAUGGGUUCAAAUUUAUUACCCAUGAUGAAAUAUUUUUACUCGUAUCAAAAAAAACAAAGUUAUAA